AGAUCUCAUCGCGCAAUCAACUUUGCGCUGCGCUGCAUCUUCCGCCACGGAACAGUCGGCGACGACGGGCUUUGCUUUGAGAUUCAACCUUGUUUCAUGACUCCGACAAUCAUCUGACAGCAGUCUUGCGAAGUCUGUAGUCUACUGCCUAGACUCGGGACCCGCGAAAGAGAGGGUUCGAUUGCAGUUGAUUCAAGAGCCUCCCGUGAAGCUUCGUCCUAGGCUUUAGUGGGAGUUCUGCGCCUCCGUUGAACAUUGGAUUAGUCGGCCAAGUACUGCAACCUGAGGAUUCAUCUCAACUAAAGGACAGCAAUGAGCACCCUCGCGAAUCCAGGAGCCGCGAGUUCCUCUCGUCUUCUGCCCGGUUCAAAUGGCGUACCACCCAGCUCAGGAGGGACCGCGUCAAGCGCCCGUUCGGGAACCCUCGUGCCCACGAACACAGUCACCACGAAGGACGGCACGGUCGUGCGCGCAAGGAUCGACCCAACUCUUGCUGUCGACGACGUUAUCCGUCAACUAUGCCUCAACUUGAAGAUCCAGGAUCCACCAGUGUUGUACGCUUUGAGAGAUGAUGCGGAUGAGUUGGUGACGGAUGAUAAUUUGAGGAAGAAGAUUAAGGGGAAGGUGAACCUCAAGCUUGUGAGCGCGCCGAUUAUCGAGGCGGCGGAGAUUGUGGAGAAGUUGAGUAUUAAAGACGAGAAGACGCUGCGGAUGACACUUUUUUCGCUUCAGAAGUUCAUUCGGGAAGAGCAAUUUGCGAACGAGUUCUUACAGAGAGAUGGGUUAAAAGAACUCAUCGACGUUAUUGGUUUGAGCCACGGAAAUACGCUGGCGUAUGCCCUGAACGCCAUGCAGAACCUGAUGGAACUCGACUACGGCUGGUCAACGUUGGACCAAACCUUCAUCCACACUGUCGUCCAAAUCCUCUCAUCAUCCAGUUCGCUCAUCAACGUCUGUCGUCCAGCAACAGCCAUCCUCAAGAAACUAGUCGAGGCUGAUCCGCGAUCACAGCCGGGUCCAAUUACCGCGUCGUCAAGCCGUGCACCUCCUGCUGCUCCGCCUGGUAGCGUCUACCGCUAUGGCUUCGACGUCGUUUGGGAGCAAAUGCGGAAGGAGAGAGGUUUGUUGGAGACGGUUGUGAGCCGUUUAGGAAGCGCGGAUAGUUUAAUGGUGUUGAAUAGUAUGAUGUUGAUCAAUUCCUUACUCUCUCAUGCGACGGAUAACCACUGGGAGGAGUUCACUUCUGAGCUUGAACGAUUGAACGUUCGAAAGGCUGUUGUUCGACUAAUGUCUUCUCAUGUAAUCGAAGACCUAACAUCCUCCAUCCUCGAUUUCCAAGCCAACGAAGUCCGCAUAAUCCUACGCCGCAAACACGAACCCGUCGACCCACUAGAGAACGUCGAGCACUUCAACUCAUUGCGGUAUAUCUGGCAAAUGGGGAAACUUGAAGAGGAAGUAGACCCGGUCGAGGUUGGUGCACUACGUAAGUGGCGGAAAUUGGGGUUCGAAACGGAGGAUGUGUCACAGGAGUUUGCUGCCGUCGGAGCACUGGGUUUGGAUUGUUUGAAACAUUUCGUACAAAGUAAUCAGGAUGAAUUCGCCAAGAUCAUCCUUGAACAACUAAACAGACCCGAGGAGCGUCGUUGUCCAAUAGCAAAGGUUUCAAAUGAAGUUGUUGAACUUCUCUGCGAGCACUGGGAGAUUUUCGCACCUGGUUAUUCCACGUCGACGAGUUUCCAGCCGUUUUUCUUGAACUUCUUCAAAGUCCAUGUUCUUGCAACCCAGUUCUUCCUUCGUAUGUGGAAUGAAAGCGGCGCAGGCGUCGAUGAUUUCGCUCGGGUUGUUGCACUUGCUCGAAGCCAGAUCAAGGUUGCUCUCCGAGAUGAGAACCUGCGCGCAUGGCAUGAGGUUGAGCAUGACUUCCUCGAGUGCGAGUACAGGGCUGUUAGGGACAGACAGAUGAAGGAGCUGGAGAACGAAGAUGACCUGCUUAGCAAGGUUCCCGUUAGGAACUUGCGCGCCAAGCUGUAUAAGGAGUCCUAUGAAUUUGUUCGCCAACAGCGGAUCCAAUGCCUACUGCAAGGAGCAUGGUUUGUUAAUGGCAUCCCGCUCAACUCGGCGAAUUCAAAGGAUGCGAAUCGGCGUCCGACUCGGCCUUGGCGAUUCAUGCGGUUGGACAAUGGCUUGAAAUACCUUAACUAUGUUGACAGUGCCGUGAAGUUCCCAGUGCGGAAUGGGCUAGAGGACGUCCCAGAACGGAUUGAUAUUUCAUUAAUUACGGAGAUUGCGACGGGGACAUGCGCGCCGCCACCGAAUGUCCUGCGCGAGCAUUUGGACGUUCCGCCUCCUAGCACCCCAUUGCAAGCUUCUCCGCUUUCGUUCUCGUUGCUAACACCAGAUGGGUCGCUUGCCGACCAGAUUGCGCCUGACCAGUCUUGCUGGGCAGACUGGACGGAUGGGUUGAACAUGCUCCGACACAAUGGAGGACACGUGGCGACGCAGGAGACAGCGGGGUUCGUCCAGGCACUGACGGAGAUAGGAUUGAAGAUUAAGCUGCUUGAUCUCUCGGGCGAAAAGGUGGAAAUACCAAGUGGGUUGAUCGCUGGACCGCCACCGCCCGCGAACGAUUUCUUCUUUUCUGAUCUGUCGUUUGAUACCCAAGUAUGAUUGAUUCAUAUAUGUUUUGAUAUAUAUGUGUGUUGUUGUUUUCGAUAUUCGAGAUGUACAA